CCUCAGACUGUGCGGGACGGUGCCGGACCAUCGUAUUCCUCUGAUCCCGAGGAACCUCAGACUGUGAGGGACGGUGUCGGACCAUCAAAUUCCUCUUAUCCCGAAGAACCUCAGACUGUGCGGGACGGUGCCGUCCUCCCAAAAGAUAAGAGAAUUUACUGUACUCAUUGCGGGAAGUGUUUCCGUUAUAAAUCCAAACUUAUUGUGCAUGAAAGAUCUCAUACGGGAAAGAAGCUGUUCUCGUGUACUGAGUGCGGGAAAGAUUUUAAACGUAAUGUAGAUUUUACUAAACAUCAGAGGUCUCACAAUAGGAAGGAAUCGUAUUCCUGUUCUGAGUGUGGGAAAUGUUUUUCAGACAUGUACAAUUUUCACAGACAUCAGAGACUGCAUGCGGGUGAGAAGCCGUUUUCCUGUUCCGAGUGUGGGAAAAGUUUUGCACAAAAAGCACAUCUGGUCAAACAUAAGAGGUCUCACACGGGGGAAAGGCCAUUCCCCUGUCCUGAGUGCGGGAAAUGUUUUUCAGACAAGUCAUAUCUUCGCAUACAUCUGAAAUGGCACACAGGCGAGCAGCCGCAUUCCUGCUCCGAGUGCGGGAAAAGUUUUAAAGAUAAAUCGGAACUGGUAAGACAUGAACGGUCUCACUUUGCGGAAAAACCAUAUUCCUGUUCUGAGUGCGGGAAAAGUUUUGUACAAAAAUUAGAACUUGUCAAACAUCAGAGAUCUCACACGGGGGAAAAGCCGUAUUCCUGUCCUGACUGCAGGAAAUGUUUUUCACAAAAGUCCAAUCUUCAUAGACAUCGGAGAUCGCACACGGGGGAGAAGCUGUGUUUCUGUCCUGUGUGCGGGAAAGGUUUUGCAAGGAAGUCCAAUCUUUAUGCACAUCAGAAAAUGCACAAGGGAGAGACGCCGUACUCCUGCCCUGAGUGCGGGAAAUGUUUUUCAGAGAAGUCCCGUCUUUACAAACAUCAGAUGUUGCACACGAGUGAAAAGCCGUAUUGCUGUUCUGAGUGCGAGAAAUGUUUUGUUCUAAAGUCGGAACUUUCCGAUCAUCACAGGUCUCACACGGGGGAAAAGCCUUAUCCUUGUCCUGAGUGCGGGAAGUGUUUUUCAAAGAAGUCCGGUCUUAUUGUGCAUAUAAGAUCUCACACGGGCGAGAAGCCGUAUUCCUGCCCUGAGUGCGGAAAAUGUUUUGUAAAAAAAUCACAGCUUGUCAGACAUCAGAUAUCUCACACGGGGGAGAAGCCGCAUUUCUGUCCUGAGUGUGGGAAAUGUUUUUCAUUGAAGUCACAUCUUUACAGACAUCAGAGAUUGCACGCGGGUGAGAAGCCGUAUUCCUGUCCUGAGCAGGGGAAAGUUUUUUUAACAAAGUCCCAUCUUUCCACACAUCAGAGUUAUCACACGGGUGAGAAGGUGUAUUCCUGUCCUGAGUGCGGGAAAUGUUUUUCAGAGAGGUAUAAUCUUUACAGACAUCAGAGAGUGCAUGCGGGUGAUAAGCCAUAUUCCUGUUCUGAGUGCGGGAAAUGUUUUGCACAAAACGCACAUCUUCUCAAACAUAAGAGAUCUCAUACGGGGGAAAAGCCAUUCCCCUGUCCUGAGUGCGGGAAAUGUUUUUCAGAUAAGUCCCAUCUUUGCAGACAUCUGAAAUUGCACACAGGUGAGCAGCCUUAUUCCUGCACUGAGUGCGGGAAGUGUUUUGUAGAAAAAUCACAGCUUGUGACACAUCAAAGGUCUCACAUAGCAGAAAAACCAUUCUGCUGUCCUGAGUGCGGGAAAAGUUUUGUACAGAAAUCAGAACUUGUCAAACAUCAGAGGUCUCACACGGGGGAAAAGCCUUAUUACUGUACUGAGUGCGGGAAAUGUUUUUCACAAAAGUCCAAUCUUCACAGACAUCGGAGAUCGCACACGGGGGAGAAGCCGUUUUCCUGUCCUGAGUGCGGGAAAUGUUUUUCACGGACGUCGCAUCUGUAUAUGCAUCAGAGAUCGCACACGGGGAAGAAGACGUUUUCCUGUCCUGAGUGCGGGAAAUGUUUUUCAAGGAAGUCCAAUCUUUACGAACAUCAGAAAUCUCGCACAGGAGAGAGGCCAUAUUCUUGUUCUGAGUGCGGGAAAUGUUUUUCAAAGAAGUCCAAUCUUUCCGAACAUGAGAGAUCUCACACGGGGGAAAAGCCACUUUCCUGUGUUGUGUGCGGGAAAUGUUUUGCACAAAAGUCCAAUCUUUCCAGACAUCAGAGAUCUCACACGGGG